UUCGUCCGUACGCAAAGUUACAUUGGCGAGCUGCGUGAGCGAUACGGUUUCAAUCGUUCGGUAAAAUGUACAGACAAGUUUGUUGAGUAUUUGCCAAAAAUAACAACACAUCAAAUAUAAACAACUAUUGUAAAUUGAGUGAUAAUCAUAAGUAUCCAAAGUGAAUUGUAUAAAGUGCAACAUAUGUGAAUAUACAAGCAAUGUACAUACUUUUCAUACAAUAAAAUUACAGCGAGCAAAAAAGAUUCCACAAAAAAUGCAAGAAACCACUACAAGCAAAGUUAAAGUGCUGUGAAGAAAACCCAUAAAGAAAAUUACGAUUAAAAAUUGAGGAAAAGAAAAUUUUCAAAACGACUACUGCAAAUUGGAGUGCAUUGGAUUUUGUGACAAAAAAUUUCCAAGCCAACUCUCAACCAAUUGUGUGCUUCCACCGGUUCCGUUUCCGUUUCCAAACAAUAGAUUUGCUACUUGAUUGCUGUUUUUGUAAUCCGUAUGCGAAAAAACCGAGCAAAUAAAUAAAUAACGGCUGCAAUCCAUUGAACAUAGAAGAAAUUAAACUUCCGUUAUAGUGCAAGAAAAAGGUGUCACCUAUACACGUUUGCAUGCAAAGAGAGUUUUUGUGAGCAAAACAACCACAAAACAAAAAACAAUAAAGUUUCAAAAAAAGUGCUACCCAAAACCCAGCAACAAAUUCUACAAUUGAAAUACGAGUUUUCCAAUAAAGCACGGCCCUGUAUCCAUCAUUUAUAUUCGAAAAUCGAUAUUAAUUAGAAAAGAAAAAUCGGUUUGUCUUUUUUGUAUGUGUUCAUUUUUGUUUGAAAUUUCCGUUGAAGUAAAUCAAAAUUUUUCUGGUUUAUUAAAUUAGUGCGUGUCAAAGUAGCGAUUAAUAAUUGACGCUUUUGCGCGUUUCGGCAACGUCGUCCUGUGCGUUCAUAAUCAGUGCGAGUGUGCGUGCGCCAUUUUUUUCCCUGCCCUCCAACAAAGCACAGAACAACAACGAGGCACGACGACGACGACGAGUGUGCGCGUACCAAAAGUUUUUUGUUUGCAACAAAGUGUCGGCCGGUGAUGCGUUUUAGUUCCUACGCGUUGUUAAACAUUCAGCACAGCUGAUAGCGAUGAAUCCAAAUCAACAUAGUGGCCCUGGUCCACCGUCGUCAACGAUAGCGACAGCUUCAAUGAAUACAGCGUACAUUGGAAUCGGUAUUGGUGGUGGCGUUGGUUGCGGUGCGAGUGGCGUCGAUCAAGUUGAUGCCUCCUCGGUAAUGGCGUCUAAGACAUUUGCAACAAAGUGUGCAACAACGUCAACAAUAACAACAACAGCAACUGCAUAUGGCGGCAUGAAAGUUGCUUACGCGGGUGCAACUCCAAAUCUAACGGCGGCAGUAACUAACGGUAGUUACAGUGGCACUGCUGACACGCCCUUUGCCACGACAAAUGGUUGCGCCAACAACAAUAACAACAACAUUAGUAAUAGUUGUAGUGGUAGUAGUGCUAACGCGGGCAAUGUUGGCAACAAUCAUGCGGCGCCACCACCAGUUGCACGUACCAUUUCGUCAGAUCGUCUAGUGACGGGACCUUCGUGCAAAGCACUCAGAACUGCAGUGUCAGCACUUUACUCGGUCGAUGAUUUUGUCAAGGAGAAAAUUGGCUCGGGAUUCUUCUCCGAAGUGUUUAAGGUAAUUAACUUUGUAACAGCUAUUCCUAUGUUGAAGUGGAACAAUCAAGCAAUACUGGAAAAUAUAUGUACAUGAGUGGGUAUUACGUACGGAAACGAGCAGUCAAAGCUAAUUAAAGCCUUAAAUCCAAUUUGCAUAGGUAUUUCAGAACUCGAUCGUGUGUAGCUCACUUGAUGAUAUACAAUUUUUUAAUCAUUCACAUUUACAUUUGGAUUAAAGAAAUUCUGAAAUACUUUCAUGAAACAAAACAACAGAGAGAAAAAACAAAAAAAAAGUAAAAUAUGCACAAGUCUACGAGGCUAAAAGAGGGAAUGUUUUAAGUAUUAAUAAAGAUUCUUGAGAGAAUCGUUUGUUACAGUAUUAUUUUAAAGUAGGUUUACAUGUUUAUAAUUAAAAAAAAUAUUUUAUUUUUACAUAUUUGUAUGUCGCAAUAUAAGUGUAUGGGAAUCAAUCGAGAAUUAUAUAUGUGAUUCACUUAAAUUUCGGUCUUAAAGAAAUUAUGUUCUCUUUUGGAACAACAAACAAAAAUAAUCGUCUAGCAACAGCAAACUCAAUAGUCGUACGACAAAGUUCAUACUUUAGGUACCAUAAGUCCAUAUGUAAAUUAGAGAGGGCAAGAUUUUAAUAGGAGAAAGUUUUAAGAUUUUUUAAGGGUGUAAUGUUUCACAAAAAUAAAAGUAAAAACAAAAUUAAGGAAAAUAAAAUAAAGAGGAAACAAAUAAAUAAUAAAGAAAACCAAAAUUAAGGAAAGGAAAGGGGGUAAAACGUAAAAUAAAGGAAAAAAAAUCAAAAUAAAAUAA